AUGGCUGAUUGUGCUCCUGCUGCUACACCUUUACCUGUUGAUCUUCAAAAGGUCAAAGGUCAAGAUAAGACAUUUGAUCAGCCCACUCUCUUUCGAAGUCUGGCUGGUAAACUUCAAUAUCUCACCCUCACCAGAACAGAUAUACAGUUUGUUGUCAACCUUAUUUGUCAAAGAAUGCAUAUGCCUACCGUUGCUGACUUCAGUUUGCUCAAGCGAAUCAUCAGAUACAUUAAAGGAACCGUUCAUUAUGGCGUUGACUUCUCUAAGAAUGCAGACUUCACUCUAAGAGCCUAUAGUGACAAUGACUAUGCUGGUUGUCCGACCACUAGUCGCUUAACUGGUGGAUUCUGCAUGUUUUUAGGCAACAACCUCAUAUCUUGGUCUGCUAAGAGAAAAAUUUCAGUAUCUCCCCGCUCUACAGAAGCUGAAUAUCGUUGUCUGUCCGUUACUGCUGCAGAGGUAAACUGGCUAAUGAAUCUACUGGCAAACAUUGUUUAUCUCUCUGCUAAUCCGACUCUGCACAAGAAAACCAAACACUUCAAGGUUCAUUAUCACUAUGUUAGAGAACAGGUUGCCGAAGGCUCACUGGUACAAACUUGGUGUGCUCAGUCCUCCCACCCUAAUUUUGUGAGGGGAGGGGAUGUAAAGAGUGUCCAACAACAAAUCAAGAUGGGCCUUGAGAAGCCCACUGCAAUUUGUCAGCUCGUCUUGGUUACUAACGGUAACAAAGAAGAAGACUCUUAUGUCCCCUGUGCCUUGUACCGUACAGUCAAGAUCCUGCAACUAGCUCACGCUACGCUCCAAAUACAAAACAGAUAUGCUGCUCUUGCGUCAUCAAUCUCAUGCAAUUGA